AGUAACGUGAAGUUUAAAUUAGCAUGUGUGUUUUGCCUAUGGACUGUCAUGACCACAGCUUCUCAAACAACCCCGUCGUCUCCUGCUCAUCUGGUCAUCCCACCAGUGCUACAUUCCCCUCCGUCACUUUCAAAUAUCAAAGAUCACCAUUUCAGCUCAGGCAACUUACUAUCUGCGCCCAUGCCAGGUCUUGAAAGUUCAGCAUCUUCGGUAACGAAUCUUGAUUUGAAUGAUGGUCUUCUUGUCCAUGACGUGGAUCCGGAGGUGGACACUACCCACAGCGAAGAUACUACUGCAGUCGGCCAGAUAGAUGAUGUAGCUGACGAGGAAUCCAGGAAGAACCUACGGGAUCAUUUACGGCGGACUUUGAGUAUUCAGAGGGAGAAAUCAGAUGCAAAGCGAAAGAUUGAUGAAUUUCCAGAACUGAGUUCCAUGUCUCCUGGCACAAUUCUUGAAGGAUAUAGACCUCGAGAGUACUUUGUACUCACGGACGCUGGAAAGCCUGUAUUCGCUAGUCGCCCUGAUGGGCAGGACGUUGAGAAUUUGUCCUCUAUCAUGGGUAUCGUGCAAGCGCUUUUAUCAGUCUUUCUCGACGAUGGGGAUAAGCUACGCUGUAUAAAUGCUGGAAGGAUGCGGAUAACCUUCCUGCUUCGGUCCCCCCUGUAUUAUGUCUGCGCGUCAUCGUGGGGUGAGCCAGAGUCUGUCACUCGCUCACACCUCGAGUAUCUGCAUCUACAAAUACUGAGUAUUGUCACGGCAUCUCAACUACGACGGAUCUUCGAGCGUCGUACGAACUUUGAUUUGCGCAGGCUAUUAGACGGUGCAGAACCAUUUUUAUUUUCCUUGCUAGAUAGAAUGGAACUCGACCUCGCAAUGGCGACUUCCUCCUUGAAUUGUCUACAGUUGGACCAAAGCUUGCGAGCGCGUGUUGCCGAAGCGCUGGUGCCAACAUCAAAGAUGAAGGAUACCCUUUACAUCAUUUUGGUUGCACGGGGUCAGGUUAUAACAUUGGUGCGACCCAAAAAGCACUCGAUACACCCUGCUGAUAUACACAUUCUCGUCAAUACAGUGUAUUCUCCAUCUAUUGUCAACUCGCCCGCAUCUGCAUCAUGGAUUCCGGUUUGUCUACCAAAAUUCAACCCUGCUGGUUUUGUCAACGCAUAUAUCGCAUUUCUACAUCGCCCUGACGCAGACCAGAAAUCUUAUCAGAGGACAACACGAGAGACCGAUGAAAGUGUUGCGGAGACCACCGGCGUCAGCCAUGAUAUAACUUCACGGCACACGACCAGGCUCAUGGAAGAUUCUGGCAUCGGACUUGUGUGUAUCAGUGGCGGUGGCGAGUUCGAGACUGUGCGAGCAUGGUGCGACAUUGUUACACAGAAAUUGACCGACGAUGGAUCCCUCGAUACGCUGGCCAGAGCUGUCGACUCCGGGAAAACAAGCUACUUUGCCUCCCAGCUCGGAAUACCUGGAUUGCGCCACUUUGUUUAUAAGUCGAGGUCGCAUGUUCAGAUCACCCUACCGGCUUUUGAGGAGCCUUAUGAUACUCUCGAUGCGAAGCGAAGAAUUGUUACCCUGUACCAGAUCAUCCAUGAUGCGAUACAUGCAAAAUCUGGGCAAACAGGAAACCUCAAGCUGCAAUACAUUCGUACCGAGAAGGAAAUAGUCAUGGGCUGGAUAACGCAGCCGUUCGAGCUGUAUGUAGUUCUUUCGCCGCGGUUACCUAAAUCUGCAGUAAUCAACGCUGCGAACGCAGUUACUCGGUGGGUGAAGAAAGAAGAAGGUCAACUUUUUCUGAGGGAUGCCCCGGUCUUUUAACGUUGGCUGUGGAUGGACGUGUAGACGAUUCCCCUUUCAAAUAUUACAGCAUAGAUAUCUACUUGUAUCGGGGGUUCCUCUGUUUGAUAGGGUGACAUUCUUAUGCACCAGAUCUUCAUAUUUACGUAGAAUGAUUCAGCGGCAUCAGAAACAUCACACUUUGUUCUGGCCUCUUUGUAUUAAGUACUGCAACACGUAUGCUACUCACUAUAG